AUGUCUUCUGUCAGCACCACCCAUUUUGUCAAAACCAAAUAUCGAGAUACCCCUGAUACUCUAUCUGGCGUGGUCCGCACCAACUUGCCUUUAAAACAAGUUCUGCGAAAGCCCGAUCUAGCGGGACGCUUAGUAUCUUGGUCAGUCGAGUUGACAGAAUAUUCUGUGACCUAUGAACCUAGGGGGGCGGUCAAAGGUCAGGUUUUGGCAGAUUUUGUGGCGGAACUAACACCUGCCGCGGCGCCAAAGGAAGAUGCGCCUUGGAUACUAUCCGUCGACGGGUCUUCAAACACGGCGGGCAGUGGUGCGGGUGUUGUUCUGGAUGGGCCCGGAGAUAUUCAAAUCGAGCAAUCUCUAAGGUUUGAAUUCAAAGUGACAAACAAUCAGGCUGAGUACGAGGCUCUGAUUGCUGGUUUGAAGCUAGCUUUGGACGUCGGUGUGAAGGCUUUGGCAAUAAGGAGCGAUUCCCAGGUGGUGGUCAAGCAAGUUUUGGGAACCUACCAAGUGCGAGACGAGCAGCUGGGAAGGUAUCUAGUAAGAGUUAAACAAUUGAUGGCCCGUUUUGUCAAAGUAUACAUUGAACACGUCCCGAGUGAGCAAAACACCAGGGUGGAUGUACUAGAAAAAUUGGCGAGUACCAGAAGGCCGGGAAAUAACAAAUCCAUCAUUCAGGAAACUUUGUCGGGGCCCAGCGUCGACGACGUUUCAAUCAUGUCUAUUGACGACCCGCCUGAGUCGUGGAUGGAACCAAUCCUAAGAGUUUUGAAUGACGAGGUUGAUAUGAGCAUCAUCAGCAGAAAACUGAGGCGCGAAGCAAGUCACUAUACUUUGGUUGCGGGGCAACUUUUCAGACGGAGCCACACUCACCCAAUGCUGUCGUGUGUACCAGAGGAUCAGGUCGAGCGGAUAAUUAGCGAGGUCCAUGAAGGGGUUUGCGCGACACACAUUGGGGCUAGAUCUCUAGCCGUUAAAGUCUUAAGAGCGGGAUUCUAUUGGCCUACCUUGAGGACUGAUUGCAAAAAGUAUGCUAAAAAGUGCGUAAAAUGUCAGCUCUUUGCUGAUUUUCACAAAGCCCCCUUAGAGGAACUAACCACCAUGGUGGCCCCUUGGCCUUUCGCCAUGUGGGGGUUGAUUUGA